GCCUCCGACGAAGACCGGCGAUUCUCUUCCUCUCCGGCGGCAAUGGAAGAAACCCGUGUCGUGGCUUCUCUCUCUCUCUCUCUCUCUCUCUCUCUCUCUCCCCCUCUCCCCCUUGGGCGGUUGCACGAGGAAGAAGAGGGGACUCGGGGGGUUUGCGGCUCCUCUUCUGGUGGACUCAAAGGAGAAAGAGGAGAAGCCCUAAAACAGGGGCUCCUCCUUCUUCUUCGGGAUGGAAAGAAUCCAUCCCGCUGACUCACGUGAACGCACAUGAGGCCAAGUCUUGGGACUGGGCCGGUCAAGUGGACCGGGCCCAGUUCCAGGGUCUCACACCUCCAACAUACAAGAAUUAAAAUAAUCUCACGGGUUGUUCACUAAUGGAUCUACUUUGCUCCUUAGGCUGAAUGUGUAUCUUGCUCAAGUCUCCUUAUGUCAGCAACAUAAUCACAAGCUGACUCAGAUUUCAUUUUCAGCUUCUCUACAACUUUGUUAGAAUCAAAUUCUAUGCAUGCAUAUGCUGCCCCCUACAGGUCAUCUUCUCUGUAUUGAACCGGAGGCUCUCCAUUGGCAGAUCCCUCCGUUCGUUUUGACUACUUCAGCUUGAUGCCCGCCACAGUGUCAUGGAUUUUUUUUAACAUCCUAUGUGACAACCUGUACGAUUGAUUAAACUAGUCACUUCCUUGCUUAAUCUAUUUUACUUCGGCUGAAUGUGUGGAUGACAAUAAGAGAGAGAGAAAAAGUUGAUUGGUCCUGUUGAACAUUAUCUGAUCUCCUGCCUUUCUAAAAUAGAGAUUAUUUUGUCAUCCACACGUCCCAGGAAAGCAAUCUAUUCCCUGGAGAAAAAAUCUCUCUCUCUCUCCCUCUCCCUCUCCCUCUCCCUCCCCCACCGAUCGAUAUGGAGGCACUGCUAUCGGUUGGAGGAUACAUCGCUUCCGCCGUGCUGGACAACUUGGUCGGCCAGGUGAGCUCUGAUGCCAUCCAGCAGUUCGGGCGGGACUCGGGGCUUCAGGACGACCUCAGGAGGCUGCGAACUACCCUGCUACGGACACGCUUCAUCCUUACGAGCGCCGAAAAGAGGCGCACCAAAGAUGACAACCUUGCCCAAAUCCUCCAAGAACUCAAAGACGCCGCCUACGAUGCCGAAGACUUGCUGGACGAAUUUGAAUACCAAGUCCUGCAGCAAAAGGCUGAAAGCAAAGAGAAUCAGAGAGGUAAUUUCUUAUCUUCUUCUCUUACACUUGCUAGAAAUGUGUUCAAUCGAGACGGCGAUGCUGUGGCUAAAGUGAGGGAGGUUAUGGGGAGGUUAGAUAGCAUUGCUGAUGAUAUGGAAAAAAUCAUCAGGCUCCUGGCUUUAGAUGAUGAAGGGAAAGAAUAUCAGAGAUCGGCGAGACGAGAGACGAGCUCGUUCUUAACUGAACCCGAAGUGUUUGGGCGAGAAAAAGAAAAAUCAAAGCUGAUAAAACUACUGUUAAAUUCGGGAGAUGCAACUGAACCUGAUGAUGAUCUUGUCCGUGUUUGUUCAAUGAGACAAAAGAAAGAUAGUAUUCCUGUUUUGCCAGUGGUCGGUAUUGGAGGGAUCGGAAAAACUACUCUUGCUCAGCACAUUUACGAUGAUCCGGAGGUGAAUGAUUAUUUUAAGCUAAAGAUUUGGGUUUGCGUGUCUGAUAAUUUUGAUGUGAAAAGGCUAACUAAAGAGAUAAUAGAGUCUGUUACCCGGGAGAGACUCUCUGAUCACCAAAAUUUGAAUUGUCUCCAAGAGAUCCUUAAGGAGAAGAUAAUGUCAAAGAGAUUCCUACUCGUCCUUGAUGACAUCUGGAAUGAUGACCGCAAUGAAUGGGAUCGUCUGUGUGCUCCAUUAAGGUUCGGACUGCAGGGAAGCAAGAUCUUGGUAACAACUAGAUCUCAAAAGAUAGCAAAGAUGAUGGGCACAAAGGAGGCGGUCUUCUUAAAGGGUUUAGCAAUUGAUGCCUAUUGGGAAUUUUUCAGUAGGCAAGCAUUUGGUUCUCAUAGCCCCAAAGAACAUCCUGAGUUGGAAGCUAUUGGCAGGAAGAUUGCUGACAGGCUGAAGGGAUCUCCACUUGCAGCAAAGACGCUAGGAGGCCUAUUGAAUUUAGAAAUGGAUGAGAGGUGCUGGAGAACCAUCAUUGACAGUAAAAUAUGGCAACUAAAACAAGGUGAAGAUGACAUUAUGCCGGUCCUACAGUUGAGCUAUCAGUACCUGCCUGGAUAUCUGAAGCAGUGUGUUGCAUAUUGUUCUAUAUUUCCUAAAGAUUACGCUUACACAAAAGACCAGCUAGUCCAAGUCUGGAUGGCACAAGGCUUCAUUGUACCUCAAGGAAAUGUGCGGAUGGAAGAGGUAGGGAGUGAGUACUUCUAUGAUUUACUUGGCAGAUCUUUCUUUCAGCAUUCAUGGAAUGAUGUAUAUGUGAUGCAUGAUUUGAUACACGAUCUGGUACAAUCUGUCUCAGUCGACGAAUAUCUAAGAAUAGAUGGCAAGUGGCAGAAAAUCCCCAGCAGGCUUCGACACCUAUCAAUAUAUACUCUGAAUCUGGUGCCAAGUAAGCUAAUGGACUUUGGCAAUUAUAAGAAUCUACGCACCCUUGUCUUCUUCAAGGGUUUGUAUGAUACAAACUUUUGUUCUGUGCUUGAUUGCUUGUUCACAGUGUCAACAAAGAUCCGUGUGUUGAAAUUAAGGAUUUGUGGGAUCAAAGAGUUGCCUGAAAGUAUUGGCAAUUUAAAACAUCUUCGAUACCUUGAUAUCUCUUCAACCAGAAUUCGAAGGUUGCCUGAAUCACUGUGUAACCUUUACAAUCUUCAGGUGUUAAAUAUAUCUGGCUGCCCAAUUGAAAAUUUUCCUACACGCAUGACCAACCUAGUUAAAUUGAGGCAGCUUAAAGUAGCUGAGAAGACAAAAUGCGAGUUGGCUGAUAUCAGGAAGUUAACGUCUCUCCAAGAGUUGUCAGUAUUCGAAGUUGUAAAGCAGAGAGGGCACAAGAUUGAAGAAUUAAAGGACAUGAUACAGCUUCGUGGAAGAAUUUGCAUUAAAAAUCUUGAGAGCAUCGAAAGUGAGGAAGAGGCCAGUCAGGCUAGGCUGAAUCAUAAACAGUACCUUGAUGAAUUGGCCUUGAUAUGGAAUAUUGAUAGAGGCACCAGCUCAGGAAACGAUGAUGAGGUACUUGGAGGCCUCAAACCGCAUUCCAAUCUCCGAAGGCUGGAAAUCAGAAACUAUGGUGGUGUCCGAUUUCCAACUUGGCUGGAGCCACAAUCGCUCAAAUAUUUGAAAGCUAUUUGCCUAGAAAAUAUCCAAAGUUGCGGGCAACUUCCAUCUGUUGGACAGCUGCCAUCCCUCGAGAUUCUGCGCAUCAAAAAUAUGCAUGCGGUGAAGCAAGUUGGUCAUGAAUUCUAUGGCUCUCCAGAGGUCAAAGGAUUCCUAUUGCUGAAAGAGCUGAAGAUUUCAGACAUGCCGGAAUGGGAAGAAUGGUUCAGAAUCGAAGGUAUCCAGAUGUUUCCUCAACUGCUUCAGCUCCGUAUCGUGAACUGUCCCAAGCUGAGGGGUUUACCCUGCCUCCCUCCCUUGCUCACAGAAUUGUCCCUAGAGAAUGUGGGAAUAAAUAUGCUCCCAGAAUCAUGGAACGGAGACCAUGGUUUUACUGAUGAGAGCAGUAUGACACAGUGCAGCAGAAGCAGCAGCAGGACCUCUUCAAUUUCUGACAUGCGUAUCCGCCGGUGUCCAAACCUGGUAAAUCUGGAACAAUGGCUGCUGUCACACCACCUGCCGGCUAUCACGGACUUGAAUAUUAUUGACUGUCAAAAAGUUGCGAGGUUGCCAAUGGAAAGGUUUAAAGACCCUUUCUCCCUCGAGCGUUUGAUAAUCAAGGACUGUCCCUUGCUCCCGUCCCCAGUGCAACUGAUCCUUCCCUCUUCUCUCCAAUGGCUUAUAUUGGAUUCAUGUGGUCAUCUGGAUGAGUCGCUACCCAGCUGCCUGCACAACCUCACCUCUCUCACCCGAUUGGAGUUGGUCCGCUGCCCACACAUAACUUCUCUUCCAGGAGAAGUGCUCGGUCACAUGAUUGCUCUCAGACAUUUGACUAUUCUGGACUGCGGAGAACUGAGGUCACUAGGGGACUUACGAGCUCUCAGAUCUCUUGAAAUUUUUCAUAUAGAAAGAUGUCCUCAGCUCACGGUAUUGGCAAAUGAGGAAGAGCAAGGCGAGGGUUCGGCACGUCUUCGCGUCGUGACCAUCGACGACACUGCCCUGGUCAAAGUGCUGUUCUCCACAAUCACCCCGCCCUCACUUGAAACACUCCAAAUCUGCGGCUCAACUGAACUCAUAUUGUUCGCUGGAGAGGAGCAAUUGUGGUUGCAAGGACUCAAAUUUCUCAGAGACCUAGGUCUUGCAAGUUGCAACAAUCUUCAGUCCCUACCACCACAGUUGCAUAGCCUUUCCACCCUCCGAUAUUUGUCGAUAAGAAAUUGCCCUGAGAUCCGCUCGCUGCCAGAGAAGGGCCUGCCUUCAUCCCUAGAAGACUUAUAUUUCCAUAGUUGUCAUCCGGUGUUGACAGAGCAAUUGCAAAGGCACAGGACAACGAUGAAAAAGUUGCGUAAUGCGAUUCCGUAGCCUACUUAGACAGAUGAAUAGUAGAUGCUAGGAACAAGGAGCGUGACAUGCCUCAGGGUUAUGGGAAUAAUAAAAUAUUAAAUGAUGAUAUUGUUUUUAGAAGCUUUGUAUGGAUUUUAAUACCAGAACAUUUAAUGACUUUCAUGAAUAUAGUUGUUUACAAUUUGAAGUUUUUUUAAAGAGGCUGCGUGCUAUUGUAUGCUUAACUUGUCAAUAGCACGGCCGUGUCAUGAUCCGAAUUCGGGGCAUGACAUUAAGUGGUAUCAGAGCAAUAGGUUUAACCAUGAUUUAAAAACUUUAAGACUAAUCAUGGGAAUGGGUAGUUAAGUUAGCUUUCACAUAAUUGGAAUAACAAUAAUAAUAAUGGUGACAAUAAGCAAUAAAAAGAAGAAAUGUAGGGCUAAUACAAGCCAUUCUAGAGACGUGAUUGUGACAGAAAAAGUAUCAAAGCCUAGGUUAAGAUUAUUGUGAAUUGUGAUUGAAAAACUACCAGAGCUUAAGUUAUGAUCACAUGGGAUUGUGACAAAAUUAGAAUCAGAGAAUAAGCUUAAGAUCACUAGGGUUUGCAACAGAAAUGUAUUAUAGCUUAAGGUUAUGAUUACCUGGAACAUGACAAAAGUAGUAGAAUUACAUUCAGUGCUUAGGUGAAAGGUCGCUAAGCAUUGUGAUAAAAUGUAAGUACUAGGUUUUGGUAUUCAAUGAGUACGGAAGGACUGGAUAAGAUGUUUUGAUCAUGAUGAGAGAGUUUGACCUAAGAUAAGUGUAGAAAGGUUAAAUAUGGCAUAGCGGUUAUACUAUGUUCGGAUAUUGUAUAAAUGACUCGAAAGUUUAAAAUUGAUAUAGAUUUGGAUGUGAUUAUUAGAGUGUGAUUUGUACAUGAAUUGGUCAUAGAAUUGGAAUGAGUCAAGAAGGAUUUUAUUUUAUAUAGUAUUAUAAAGGAUUGUUCUUCAAGGUUAAAUCCGUAUGUGGAUUAUAAUUGGUAUUGGCAUACUUGGAUAUUGCAAAUAGUUGUAUUCUAUUGGUGGAUUAAAUUCUUAAGUGCAUAUUGAUUGGGGAAUUCUAGUUAUUUGAAUUUCCAUGUUGGAUUGGGCUAUUAGAUAUUUCUCAUAAUUAUUGGAUACUAUUUGAUGUGUUAGUCUAACCUCAAGUUUAAGUUUAUGAUUUGACAAGGGAUCUUUGUUAUUGAGUAGAGACUUUGAUUUUGGAGAUAGAUAUUGAAAUUGGAAUGCUUGCUAACUGGGCUCGUAGCCAAAGUGUGGAUCAGCUAUGUUGGGCGUCCUCUCGGUGGAUAUUUCAGGUUAUGAUUAAUUGGAUUUUGACCAAAAUUUAAUGAAAGAGGAUUGAUCAUGGAAUAUUAUCAUACAAUGUAAUUAUUUGUUUAUUAGUCAAUUUGGAAGUUCAUUUUAAUAUAGGGGUAUAUUGUAAUAUUACUUCUAGCUUGAAGUUAAUCAUUUUGUGGCAAGUUUGGAUCUCUUCAUAAGAAAUUGUUUAAGAUUUAAGCUAUAAAAAAUUUUUAUGCUACCUAAUUAGAAUCCUCUUCGAGGUUUGAACAUGUUUGGGGAGUAUGAAUGAAACUCUUAUAUUGAAGAAAAAUAUAUUGUGAGUUAUUGCAAAUAGGUCUAUUUUCUUAUUUAAGAAUUGAUUUUAUUGUAUUCAUCUUGAUGGAAUUACUAAUAAUUUUAAUUAUCGUCUUUGGAUCCAAAUAAUAGAUCUUAUUCAUGUUUAUCGGGGACUGUAUGAUGUAUAUGGAAUUUCAAUUCAAAGUUUGGAAUUAUAAGUUAAUCUAGGGUCUUUUGUCAAUAUUGUUGAGGAUAUUGUUGAAACCUAAAUUUGCAUGAAGAAUUUAAAUUUUAGAGACUUAGAUGGUUAUGAUGGAAGAUCUUUGAGGUUUGACUCAUUUGUGUUGAAUUAAAGUCUUGUAAUUUGGUGGAGCAUUAAAAAAAAAAA